AUGAAUCGUCCCCAAAAUUAUGGCUCAAUCUCAUCACCAGCAGUAGGUUUCAGUGGGAACAUCAAUCCGGAAUUCAACAGUUAUUGUGAUAGUGUUGUCACUAAUAUCUACACGAUAAAUUCUAGUCUCAAAACACUGGAAAACGCAUUGAAAGUUAUCGGCACAAAGAAAGAUAAUCAAGGAGUCCGAAACCAGGUGCAUGUCACUCAACUCAGCACAAACCAGAUAGCUUCAGUUACUACAAAAGACAUCAAUAAACUGAAAAUUGUAGUUGCAAAAGGUGAAAAACAGAAGCAACUACAAGUUGAGAAGCUUGAGGGUAACUUCAAAGAGGCCAUUAAUAGAUAUUACACAUUACAAAAGGAACUAGCAGACAAACAAAAAUCUCAUCUUCUGAUCCCAGAGAUCUCAGAGGAUGAGAUUCCACAAGGCGACGAUGACAAUCAUGAGAGGCAGGCGCAGAGGACCAGAGAGCUGGCCUUUGAGCAGGACAUGCUGUACGAGCGGGAGAGCAGGAUAAGACAGAUCGAGUCUGAUAUACUGGAUGUGAAUCAGAUCAUGAGAGAGUUGGGGUCUUUGGUGCAUACGCAAGGAGAGACGAUAGGUGAGGAAGGGUCUCUCUGA